CCCUUCCCACCCGGUUGAAAGAAGAAACGCGAUGGGACGAGGGAUUCUUCUGCUACGCUCUUCUCUCCUCCGCCCCCUUCUCCACGCCCACCUCUCCACCAACCCUCUCCCCGCCCAAAACCACCCUCCUCUCCUUUCCCGCCAUGGAGUCCUUCCCUCGCCUCCCAAUGCCUCCCGCCCGCGUACCCUCCCCCCCUCCCGCCCCUCCUCCGACGCUCUCUUCCUCUCUCGCCGGCCCUUCUCUUCCUCUUCGAGUCCAUCGAACAUUGUUCUCAUCGGCUCCGAGGAAGCGUUGGACACCGCUCUCACCAAGGUUCAGGAUGAGAAAUUGCCGGCGAUUUUCUACUUCACGGCCGUCUGGUGCGGACCUUGCAGGUUUAUAUCUCCAAUAAUUGAAGAGAUGAGUCAGAAAUUCCCACAUGUCACUACAUAUAAGAUUGACAUUGAUCUGGAGGGCCUCGGGGGCAUGCUAAGCAAGCUAAAGAUUUACUCAGUGGUUUCUGGGAGGUUCUGUUCAACUUUAUGCUCAGCAGUCACUAUGAAUAAAAAUGUUCUCCAGCCUACUUUUCACUUCUUUCAAAAUGGUCAAAAGGCUGCAGAAAUUGUUGGUGCUGAUGCCACAAAACUGAAGAACACCAUGGAAGAUCUUUACAACUGGAUCUGAGACUUUUGUGAGACUUCGUAAGUAUGAAACUGCUCAACUAAAGUUCGGCUUAUGGCCAGAGCCUACUGUGACGAUGGGAAGUUGAACCAGUCAUUAGUGAUUAAACAGACUGUGAAUUAUGCCACUGUGGCAAAUAAAUCCUCUCUAUAUACGUAAUAUCAGGGGUGCAUGGUGGUUUGUCUCACAAAUUGUACUUCAGAUAGCUAUUCCAGGUAUUGAUCUAAGGUUCUAUUCAUCAUGCAAGGUACGGAUGCAGGGUUGCAGGUGGUUUCGCGAGUUCAGUCAUCAAAUUUUUGGGUGAAUAUAUUCUGAAAUAAAUUUUUUUGGUUAAAUUGGACUGGAUUAGGUGGGGUAAGCUCAGGCCAUCCAAUACUUGAUCCAUUUUAGAUCCAAUUAGCCCCGAAGGCAGUUUGCGCUGAGCGAGCAAGGAAAAGUCAGGUGUAGAUCCAACCUGAUUAUCCAAAGAGCUCAUAAUUUAGAUCCUGAGUCAACCUACAUAUCCAAAAGAAUUGGAUUGGGUCCAUUGAUUCAUUGGUUGACUUGAAGCUUUUGCAGCACUAGCAAUAGCAAUGGGAGACCUUUGUGUGGUUAUCCACAAACAUGUUGCUUCUGUAAAAAGUAGAACAAUUCAGAAGCAUCACCUGAUGACCUUCGGAUGAGAAUUUUCUUUGCUAAAUCUGCAUUAAAUAAGCAAGAUACGGUCACUUCGAUCAACAGUAAAGGAGUUAGGGCAAAAGAGGAUUGCCUUCUAUAAGAUCAAAUGGAUGUAAGCUGUACAUCCAAUGAUCAAGGAGCAGAGUUUGCAAUGGCUGAUACCCUCUAUGAAGUGCAUUUUCCGUGUCAACUUUGAAAGCAAAUAGCUCUUGCUUAUAUCUUUCAUUACCUAUGCAGAGUGAAAAAGAGUAUAGAAUACGCUGCCCCUUGGUCCCUUUUGGACAACAUAUGCAAGGUAUCUAAUUUGCUAGUGAGGACCUUAGAUAUUAUUUUUCUCUGGUCAUUAAUGAUCCCUGAAGUCUUCAUAAUUCAAUAACCCAAUCAAAAUGUGGAAGGUUUAAAAGCUUCUUAAAAGCUUUGGACCAUCUCAGAGGGUCCAUCUUGACAAGUUGACACUCGAAUUAUAUGAAAACAACGCAUAGGCUUGGCGAUACUAAAGGAGCAUUAGAGUAAAAUAACUUAUCUAAAUUAGCACUCCUAGAAUAAAAGGUCCCUUUUAUCUUUCAGUAGGAGACGCUUAACUUAGCUCAUUCAUGCCACCACACUUCAAUAGAGAAUUUUUGCAAGAUAGGGUUGACUGCCAUCAACCCUGAGCAACUCAAUUGCAUGUUUUCCUGAGAAGAGGCACUAACAAAUGAGGCAUCAUCUCUUGUAGGUACCACUGUAUCUGCUUACAGUUAUCCAAAAGAAUAAAGAUACAUGGGUGUCGCUUGAAAAAGUCCUUGUAUCUGACAUGGCCUGUCUCCAACUCAAACAGACAAAUGUUGGUGGAAGAGCUACAUGUGAUCCCCUUAUGGUCUCAUGUGGCAGCAGCCUCAUCUCUUUGGGGUCAGAAUGCCUUUCAAAAGCAUCUGUGGGGGAAAAUGGUUGCAGAACAGCAGGGGCCUGGCAGCCGUUAUAGCUGGAGACAUAAUGCUUGGUACGCUUUUACCUCCACCCAUACACCUGUCCUUGGGAUGUGGUGUUCUUUGGCAGGCACUGGGAUGCCCCUUUGCUUGGGGUACAAAUGAGCUAGCAAAAGAUUGGAAUGUGUUCUUGGUGGUACUCUGAGAAAAGUAAAUAUCCACUUUUUUUUUCUUGAAAAGAGUAAAAGGUAAAAUGGAUUUAUAGAUUCAUGUAGAAAGAAUUUUUCAUUGGUAUACUUUUUUAAUUCUUGCAAUCUUUGCAUGAUGGUCUAUGAAAUAUGUAAGGUUGUGGGACAGGUCCAGUGUCAAGUGAAAACUCCCUUCAACUCUAAAUUAGGAGACCCUUUUUUUUUCCUUUUUUUUUUCUGGAGGGAAAUAUGGUGGGUAUAUUUUGCAGUCAUGCUCGAAGCAUGUAUCUCACAGAGUGUACUUCACUUAAUCUGACAAUGAAAAGUUUGUGAAUGUA